UGGACUUCUCAGAAGCCCACCCGCCUUCUAAGAGGCCUUCUUAAAAGCCCCCGAGGCCUUCUUCGUUGCCAUUUUGGCUCAAGCCAUUUCGGCCAAAGUUUCUCGGGCACAGGCUUUAGCCGAGGUGAUCUCCCCAAGGCGUCCCUCCGCCCGCAUUUCAGGCCGCGAGCUGUCGUGCAGCGUGUGCAUCGGCCCAGGGAUGUCGCUCGACGACUCUACGAAGAAACCUCUCGCAGAGGAUGGUGGCGCGAUCCGUGAUUCCGCUGGUGCCGUAGCGCCACCUGCCACGGCAGAUGCUGGCACUGGCCAGGCCAGGCAGACUGCUUCGCCCGGCGGCGCCCUUUCCAUGGACAUCGAGACGCCACCAGGCUCUCCAGCCGUGAGUUGCUCGGUGGGAUCGUUCGGCGGGCCGUCUGAGAACUUCCACGCCCAAGGGGGGCUCGUGGGCUACAUCCGCGCAUUGCGCCACGAGCCGGACAUGGACAAGCUCACCGACCUGGCUGUCAUUCUCUCGACUUUCCCUUUCCUGUUCAUCCAGAUACCGCAGAUCUAUAGCAAUUUUGUGGCCCCUCACGAGAUCCCUGCAGCAUGGACCGGCAUAGUCUCUGGCGGGAUGGGGAACCUCUUGUUGUGCACUUUCUUCGCGGAUGGCGGUGAGUGGGCGCAAGCGAGGGUUCAGGCGAUCGGGGCGAUCACAAACAUCUUCGUCGUCGCCCAGGCUCGCCUUCUCCCGAAGCAGCCUAUCGUCCCACUUGUGCCCUUCCUGGUCGUCAUGCUCGUCAUGAUUGCGGGCUUAGUGAUUCCCCUGCUCAAGGCCAUGGGAAGAGCCGACAACGCCUUCGACUUGUGGCUAAAGGGGACGACCAUUAUUGGGGCAACUGUGCUUUGCUUCUCUCUCACGUACUCCAUCAUGGAUGACGGUGCGGCGUUGUUGGGUGGGUCGGCAGGUGAGGUUGAUGAGCUAGUCCCGAGCGUCAUCAGUUUGGUGGGUCUGGUAGUCUCCUCGUUGUGCGUUCAUUUUGGCGUCACGACCAGCAGCACUGGUGGCAUUUUGGCAACGGUGCUGUUCAUGUACAUGCCCGUGCCGCAGCUCAUCAAGAAUUUGGUCGACGAGUCCGCAGCGCAGGGGUUCAACUUGGGCUUCGUGUACUUUGGACUCCUCGGGAACGGCUUGGGCAUGCCGCGAGCGCUGUACACCAGGAACUACGUGUGGCUUUCUGGCUCCUCUUGGGGCUGCUUCGUCGGUGGAGUGCUCAUGAGCGUUACCCUUCUGAUCGCGAAUAGUAGAUCCGACGUCAGCUUCAUCACAGGAGCCAGCGCCAUCCUGCUCACUCUCUUCAACGUUUGUUUCCUCGUCUACUCUGCAGCCGUGUUCUAUUGCACGCUUGCCUGGGACUUGAGGCCGAAGCCGCCGUCGCAGAGAGAGUUCCGCGUGCCGUGAACAACAUCAGAGCAGGGUAUGCCUUCGGGGAGGCAUGCGCCGCUGAGGCAGAAGUUUCUUUCUAUCGCGGGCAUGCAAGCAGCAGCGGAUUUGCCGAUUACCAUGGGUCGUUGCUAGCCGCGUCAAUCGCUGCUUCACGGGCUGGGUUCCGACAGGCUUGAGAAAUCCGUCCUGCGGAGAUUCCCCGCGGCGACGUGACAUUCGUUGCGUCUUACAGGUUUUGCGCCGAACCCUGUCGUUCCGAGACGCUUUGGCGAGGAUCGUCUGGGACACCUCGUGUGCAUGUGGUUUGAUUGGAUCCUUUGCGCACAUGCUGUGCACCCUUCUAUCAUCCAGUUCGGCCAAGAUGUCUUACACUGGAGGUAGCUGGGGAAGGCGCGUGGUGGACAAGCCGCGGAAGAGGGCGGACACGCGUUGAAGGUACCGAGGUGCCUGGCCCGCGAGUGGACGAGUAUCACCCGCGUAAAAGGUGCCGGCACGCUCGUGGACGCGCGCGGCCUAGAUGGCGUUCGCAAUGAAGUUUGGGAUUUCUUGGGCUGGCAAGAGCUGCCCAGUGCAGUGGGCCUGCAGGGCGAGGGGUCCUGCCAGCCGCGCCAGGCCGGCCCCGCGUGCAAAGUUGCCAGGAUAAAUUUCAAAAGUUGCCUUCUACCCUUUGGACAGUGACACUCAGUCGUGCGGCUGUAUGCAAUGUGUUCGGUGCGGAGUAGGGGCUUCGUGACUUUUUCAAUGCCGAGCUUCGCUUCUCAACGCCCCUCAAACAAUAUUUGACAGCCGUUUUUGACAACCACGUUGCCCACUCUCCCUCCUCCUUUUCUCCUCCUCGUCGACUCCUCGCUCCCUUUGUCGCCCAAUUCGCCUCCUGGUUGCCGUUGUGCUGAUUGUAUAAAUGGCCGAUUGGACCAUGGGAGUCCAGCACACAACGCUCUUGUCUCCUUGGUUCCCUGUCCGCGUUCUCCCUCCUCCGCUCUGCUCCGCCCACCUGUUUUACAAUCCUCGGCGGCACACUUCGAGAGCCAACCAUCUGGGCAUCUGGAUUGCUUCGCGCUGUCGAAUGCAAGAAAAAGAAGAAGCCGCCGAGCCCUUCCAAGGGCCCCCCUGCCCUCUCAGAAUGUACCCCGCCAGCCCCGCCUCGACCAUAACCCGCUCGAGGUCCGUCCCCGGAACCCUCCUGGGGCCCACUGGGGUCGCUUCGAACUUCGUCCCGCCGUUGGACCCUUGCUGAAGCCCCAAAGACGAAGCUCGUGACAAGAGACAGCGAAUUCUCGGCAGCACGCCUCGUGGCUUCUAAGCUCUGCCCCACCUCUCCAGCACGCGGUGCAAGCGCGGCCCCGUGGCGGCGCCGGAGGUAACCCUGACCCCCUGGAGGUCAAGCGCCUGGUCAAAUGGAGCGCCGUCGCCACAGUCGCCGUUUCCGCUGGACAUUCGAGCGCCGGCUGCCCGCGCCGGGCUCCGAAGGCGAGGCGCAGGCUUGGCAGGUGUGCGAUCUCGGUCCCGAGUGGCACUUUCGCAAGCCCCAGGAGCUCUGAGGCGGCUCCGGGAAUGCUCCUGGAGGCCCCCCCCGCCGCUGGCACCGGGGCGGCGGUCUCGCGCCCUGGCGGGCUGCAGCGCGCGCGGGCGGCAUCGCGGGCGCUUCGCCGAUCGGCCGCGGGCGGACCAGGUCGCCGCGGACCGCCGGAGCCGCGGAGCCGAUCGCACGCGAGGGAGCCCCCGACCCGUUUCUUUCAUGCCAGCCAGGGGGGCAAGCAUCGACCCCCAGUGGCCAGUUCCUCG